CCCCUUCUUGUUUUAAAUUUUACACAGGAAAGAAAGAUCACUGCAGUGUGGAAUGUGGCAGAGAAUUCUCUAACAGGAGUGCUCUUCAGAAACACAUGAGAGUUCACACCGGAGAGAAGAAAUAUUGCUGUAAUGAAUGUGGUAAACAGUUUUCACAAAUGAGCCAUCUUCAGAUACACACGAGAGUUCACACCGGAGAGAAGCCAUAUUGCUGUAAUGAAUGUGGUAAACAGUUUUCACAUAAAGGCAAUCUUCAGCAACAUAUGAGAAUUCACACUGGAGAGAAGACAUAUUGCUGUAAUGAAUGUGGUAAACAGUUUUCACGUAUAAGCAGUCUGAGGGACCACACUAGAGUUCACACUGGAGAGAAGCCAUAUUGCUGUAAUGAAUGUGGUAAACAGUUUUCAGAGAUGGGCAAUCUUCAGAGACACACUAGAGUUCACACUGGAGAGAAGCCAUAUUGCUGUAAUGAAUGUGGUAAACAGUUUUCAGAGAUGGGCAGUCUACAGAGACACACUAAAGUUCACACUGGAGAGAAGCCAUAUUGCUGUAAUGAAUGUGGUAAACAAUUUUUACAGAGGGGCAGUCUACAGCAACAUGUGAGAGUUCACACUGGAGAGAAGCCAUAUUGCUGUAAUGAAUGUGGUAAACAGUUUUCACACAGGGCCUGUAUACAGAAACACACGAGAGUUCAUACUGGAGAGAAGCCAUAUUGCUGUAAUGAAUGUGGUAAACAGUUUUCGCUGAUGGCCAGUCUACAGAAACACACGAGAGUUCACACUGGAGAGAAGCCAUAUUGCUGUAAUGAAUGUGGUAAACAGUUUUCAGAGAUGAGCAGUCUUCAGAGACACACUAGAGUUCACACCGGAGAGAAGCCAUAUUGCUGUAAUGAAUGUGGCAAACAGUUUUCAGAGAUGAGCAAACUUCACAGACACACUAGAGUUCAUACCGGAGAGAAGCCAUAUUGCUGUAAUGAAUGUGGUAAACAGUUUUCACUAAAAGGCAAUCUUCAGAAACACACGAGAGUUCACACUGGAGAGAAGCCUUAUUGCUGUAAUGAAUGUGGCAAACAGUUUUCACAAAAAGUUGAUCUUCAGAACCACACGAGAGUUCACACUGGAGAGAAACCUUAUUGCUGUAAUGAAUGUGGUAAACAGUUUUCACAUAUGGGCAGUCUUCACAAACACACAAGAGUUCACACCGGAGAGAAGCCAUAUUGCUGUAAUGAAUGUGGCAAACAGUUUUCACAAAAAGAUGAUCUUCAGAAACACACGAGAGUUCACACUGGAGAGAAGCCAUAUUGCUGUAAUGAAUGUGGUAAACAGUUUUCAGAGAUGGGCAGUCUACAGAGACACACUAGAGUUCACACCGGAGAGAAGCCAUAUUGCUGUAAUGAAUGUGGCAAACAGUUUUCAGACACGAGCAAUCUUCAGAGACACUCUAGAGUUCACAUCGUAGAGAAGCCAUAUUGCUGUAAUGAAUGUGGCAAACAGUUUUCAGCGAUGAGCAGUCUUCAGAAACACAAUAGAGUUCACACCGGAGAGAAGCCAUAUUGCUGUAAUGAAUGUGGUAAACAGUUUUCACAUAUGAGCAGUCUUCACAAACACACGAGAGUUCACACUGGAGAGAAGCCAUAUUGCUGUAAUGAAUGUGGCAAACAGUUUUCACAAAAAUUCAAUCUUCAGAAACACACGAGAGUUCACACUGGAGAGAAGCCAUAUUGCUGUAAUGAAUGUGGCAAACAGUUUUCAGACUCGAGCAAUCUUCAGAAACACACUAGAGUUCACACCAGAGAGAAGACAUAGUGCUGUAAUGAAUGUGGCAAACAGUUUUCAGAAAUGGACAGUCUGCAGAAACACACAAGAGUUCACACUGGAGAGAAGCCAUAUUGCUGUAAUGAAUGUGGUAAACAGUUUUCACAGAUAGUCAGUCUGCAGAUACACACAAGAGUUCACAACAGAAUAAAAAGGGUAGCAGUUCAAAAAUCAGUGCAUAAAAACAAGAACCCUUCCGGACUCAAGAGUGAGGUUCAGU